AUGUUCAGUUCUAGCUCCACAUUUGGAGCUAAGCCAUCAUUAUUUGGCAGCACUACGACUACAACAGCCACGAAUCCAAACUCAGAAGAUAUCGCUGUCGAAGGCUCGCCAGAUGAUACUGUUCAAGUAUUGCGAUUCAGUCCUAAUGUAAAUGAAAAACCAUUGCUGACUGCAGGAAGUUGGGAUGGUGUAGUACGGGUGUGGAUGGUCAAUGAUAAUGGACAAUGCGAAGGCAAAGCGCAACAGAAUAUUCCAGCACCUAUACUUGACCUUUCCUGGACAGAUGACGGUACGAAAAUCUUCAUAUCAGCUGGUGACAAAGAAGUGCGGUUAUGGGACUUGGCUUCAAAUCAAAUGGCCGUUGUUGGCACUCAUGAUGGACCAGUGAAGACAUGCCAUUGGAUCAAAGGCAAUAAUUAUUCAUGCUUAAUGACUGGAUCAUGGGAUAAGACGUUACGGUUUUGGGAUAUGCGACAGUUACCUACACAGACAUCACUAGCAAAUAUCUCGCUUCCCGAACGAGUAUUUUGUGCGGAUGUGCUAUAUCCUAUGGCAGCAGUGGGUCUGGCUAACCGUCACAUAAAAGUGUACAAUCUUGAGAAUGGGCCGCAAGAAGUGAAGAAUAUCGAAAGCCAGUUGAAGUUUCAGCAUCGAUGUGUGUCGAUUUUCAAGGACAAGACAAAUUCGAUGCCAUGUGGUUUUGCUGUUGGAUCAAUAGAAGGUCAGCAAAAAUGUGCACUCAGUAAGAAGACCAUGGUCAGAAAUUCUUUGAUCUUGCUGUCAACUAUUUCCGAAAAACAGUCCUCGAUCUUUUAGAG